AUGCGGGUGCUCGCCAGCAAGCCCAACCUUCCCAGGCACCCCAAGCUGGACACUAGCGCGCAGUGGAUCUCCCAGUGGAUGUUCGAGGCGCGCAGGGCCGCCUCGCUGAGCACCGCGCGCUCCCGCCUCGACGGGCUGCGCAGCCCGCGCGGGCCCAGUUCCAGGCUGCCGCCCAACGCCGACGGGGACAUGGCCGACCUGCGGCGGACUCACACGUGCAAGGCGCUGGCUCUCAUCGGCAGCGUCUUCGACGCCCUCGACGCGCCGUCGGCAGGGUGCCUCGCGGAGAUCGUCGGCGCCACCCCCCAGAAGCACAUCGAGCACGCCGUGGGGCUGGCGAGGCAGCGCUUUGGAAACUGGAUCGACCAGCAGGACGCGCUGUGCGGCAAGGGGUUGCAUGCCCUCACGCGCGAGCCCAUGCCCCGGCACCUUCGCCCGCUGGCCGCUGACGCGCCCGACGGUGAGGGCGGGCCGCCGCUGCCAGUCCCUGCCGACCAGCAGACCUGCGCCGAGCUGCUCGUCAAGGGGCGGCUCUUGGGCCCAGGGCGCUGCCGCCAUGUCGCAGCAGGGAUUUUCAAGCAGGGGGUCGAGGCCAGCUUUGCCUACGGCGUCUGCUGCACGGGGCCCGGCGACUCCGACCUCGACGCCGCGCGCGCGAUGGCGUUCAGAUCAGUCGAGAUCAGGCCCUCGGGCAAAAGUCGCACCGCCGCCCUCGCCACCAGCAGCAUGGGCGACGAUCCCGUUUUCAAGGCGACGCGCGACCCAGUGCGCACGCUGCGCAGGGCAGUCUGGGAGCGGUGGCUCCCCAGACAGGCCCUGGACAAGGCCUUCGCGGCGGCCCUGGCAGCGUCGGGCAGCUGGGCCCACUGCUGCG